AUGGCCCAGCCAGGCUCGUUCGCCAACCCCAAUGCUCACCCGCAGUCGAAGCAGUUCGUCCCAACGUCUGGCUUUGGCGCUGCGCCGCCUGGAAUGGCUCCACAGCGGACGCCUCAGCGCGGCGCUGCCCACCAAUUCUACCAGAGACCGACAGCUGCUGCGGCUCCAGUGCCGAUGCAGUCACACAGCGUGGAACGUCUCCACCAGCCGCCUGCUGUCUCUACUUUUGCCCCGGACUACCACCAGCCAGGCACGACUGCCAUGCCUCCAGCUCAGCCGUACCAGGUGCCACCGCCAGGCUUCCCACACCGUCAGCCGACCAACUUUGACGGGUUCGUGCAGCAUGAACCGCUGCGAACGUCGCCCAGCCACAACUACCCACAGCAGCACAUGCAGCGUCCGCCACAGGAGCAACCGGCUGACUUUCUUAACCAGCUUUCGGGCAAUCCAAUGGCUGGACUAGCGAUGAACAGUGCACAGGACUUUCUGCAGAAACAGUCGGAGAUGUAUCUCCCAGGAGCAUACGGCGUGUGGGGCAGCCUCAAGUACUACUUUACCGUCAACAACUCUUACGUCAAGAGUCGUCUCAAGAUCUUGUUGCUCCCGUUCAGACACAAGAACUGGCGCCGCAUGGGCAAUGGCAAUCAAGACGAAGCGAAGCCAAUGCAGUAUGCUCCCCCCACUCUUGACAGCAAUGCGCCGGACCUCUAUAUCCCGUUGAUGGGCUUCCUCACUUACAUUCUGAUCGAGGGCUAUUCCAAGGGCACUUCGAACCAGUUCAGUCCAGACGUGAUCAGCAAAGAUGCGAGCUACUGUCUGGUGAUGCAGCUGGUCGAGAUUGGCGUCCUUGCCGCCUGUCUCUACGUGCUCAACAGCUCCAUUUCCUUCCUCGACUUGGUCUCGUUUUCCGGCUACAAGUACAUUCCGCUCGUGAUCAACACCGUCGUCUUCCAACUGCUCGGCUCCGUCGCUUAUUACGUUUCGCUCCUGUACACUGGCGUUGCCGUGUCCUACUUCACGCUGAACUGCAUGAAAGGCAGCGUCGCUGAACCGAGUCCUGAGAACCGCCUCUUCCGGAACUACCUGCUCUUCGGCGUUUCGUGCCUGCAGCUCGUCCUCGUCUGCUGGAUCUCAUACACAACUGCGCCCGGCGAGUAA